AUGCCUCCCUCUCAACCAUCCACCGCCAAACGGCCUGCCCGUCGCCGUCUCGUCGACUACACCCCCACGUACUGGCAGUCGGCCUCGUCGGCAUCCGCCGCGUCCAUCUCGGUCGACGACCUACCGACACCCACGCUUCCUUCCGUCGAGGAAGCCACCGUUAGCGAAUCGCUCACGUGCCACUCCUGCGACCAAGUCUUCGCCACCGUCGACACGUUCCGCCACCACUUCCGCUCGGACUGGCAUCGCUACAACAUCAAGCGCCGUUUGCGCGGGCACCAGGGCGUCACCGAGGCCCAGUUCGAGGACCUUUCAGACUUGGGCUCCGUCGAGUCGCUCUCCGGCUCGGAGCCGGAGCACUCGGCGGAUGAGAGCAACCCCGAAGCCGCGCCCACCGUGCGCCUCGCCGAGAAAAUCGAGUUCAGAGAUCCCAAAGUCGACAACUCCUUCCUCGUCUUGUACCGCGCCGCCCUGCCCGAUCAGGAGACCAUCGCUAGCUUGGCAACGCGCGGCUCGUGGGCCGUCAUCAUGGCGGGAGGCGGCCACUUUUGCGCGGGCUUGUGGGAUGUCAAUGGUGUUUUAGUCAAGCAUAAGACCUUCCAUCGAUACACGUCCAGGAGGAAGCAGGGCGGAAGCCAGGCUGCUGCGGACCAGGCUCGUGGAGCUGGCAAGUAA